GCCAUUCAAGAAGCAUCGUUUCGAUUUGUGCGAGAGUGAAUUAGUCGUUCUUGGAGAUCAAUGAGAAAACCAGUUUCAGACAUUUCGGACACGAUUUCGGAUAGUCAGUUACAGUCGGUGCUGAACCGGUGCGAGUGACAGACAAGGAUUUAAGCUGUUUUUAAAUCAGUUGAAGAAAAUAAAAAAAAAACAUCCACCACAUGAGUGGUUCGAUCAAGUGAUAUUCGCUAUUAGAGACAACAAACAUUGAAAAUCGUACAGCAAGUGUGGAGUGAAUUAUGGUUAAGAUAGAAUCAGCAACCAUGAACGGACAAACAGUGUUUAGUGUGGCCAGAGCGCCUCUAAAAUCAAGCUUUUCGAUCAACUCGAUCCUGCCUGAGACGGCCAUGCAGACAUCUCCUGCACAAACGCCGUCGCCUUCGCCACAUUCGUGCCAUUCGCCAAUUGGGUCAGAGGAACAGGAUCACGAUUUCACCGAUACUGAGUCGGAUUUGGACGUUACCGGAACUCCACCGCCAAUGGAUUGUAGUAAUAAGGAAAAGUCCGACGAUACCGAAGAAGGUGCCUCGAGUCCCAAGGAAGGCGAGAAGAAAGGUAACGAAAAGCCACCGUACAGUUACAACGCGUUGAUCAUGAUGGCCAUUCGUCAAAGUGCUGAGAAGCGACUAACGCUGAAUGGAAUCUACGAGUACAUCAUGCGCAAUUUCCCCUACUAUCGUGAUAACAAACAAGGCUGGCAAAACUCGAUCCGUCACAAUUUGAGUUUGAACAAGUGCUUUGUGAAAGUGCCUCGUCACUACGAUGAUCCCGGCAAGGGCAACUACUGGAUGCUGGAUGCGUCGGCCGAAGAUGUUUUUAUUGGUGGAUCAACUGGAAAACUUCGGCGACGUUCAACUGCUGCAACUCGGAGUCGUCUGGCCGCCUUCAAGCGAUCUCUAGUGGGCCCAAUGUUCCCCCCACUUGGUUAUCCUCAGUUCAAUCAGUUUAUGUACCCAUCACCUGCCCACGCCCAAACUGCUCUGCUGGCACAAAUGUACUCCCGGUACUCGCCGUACGCUCCAAGCAUAGCACCGAAACCUGCACUACAGCUUCCACUGCCACUGUCCGUCGGUGGACCAGGAUUCGGAAUGGAUCGGUUAUUAGCCGCCGGAGUUGCUCCACAGUUGCAGCACCAGCAUCAGCAGGCUCAGGCCGAGCUGUACCAAAGACUUCAGUAUCAGCAACUCCUCCAACAUCAUGCUGCUCAGGCUCAAGCGCAAGCCGCCCAUCUGCAGCAGCUGAGUCCCACCGAAAGACACCAGCAGCAUUCGCCAACUCUGCCCAGCCAACCAGCCGGUAUUCCUGCACCGCCUCAAGGUUCCCCGACGGGACCAACCAUCUUCAAACCUAUCCCGAGGCACAGCUGAGAAACGCCAAAUGCCGCCUCCGCAACCACCACCAUCACCACCGCCAUCGUCGACGAGGAUACCUUCUAGUGCAAAUAUUUAUUUUUAUAAUUGUUAAAGUCGAGUCUACUUAGAGUUCUGCUACAGACAAAUGAUGGCAAACGCCACACCAGUGAUAUCUAGAGGAGAGAGGAAUAAGUUUCGAUUAAUGCUGCUUUCGGCUUCAUCGUUCGAAGGAAGCCCGGAACGUGCUCUCAUAUAUAAUGACUUAAUUAGUCUCAAACGAAUAAAGUUUUUUUCCGUGAAAAACAAUUGUUAAGUAACUGUAACUUCUACUGUAACUGUUAACGAAAUGAUCUUUGUUGCAAUUGUAAGAUAUGCAUUCGAAAGCGUUGUAAAUAAUUGUAAAUUCAUCCUAAACAGAAAGUAUUAGCAAUUUUUAGCAGUUAAGGUCAAUCAACUAUAUAAAUUAUAUUUUUUCAAAAAAGAAAAUCAAAUCAAAGUAUA